GUUACCUUUGACCUUUUCAAAAUGGCGGCAAGAUUUGGAGUUCGAUGUCGGAACACAUAAACUUUUACGAUUUUAUCGACGUAGCAAGACAUUUGCUUCAUAUUACUGACGGCAUACCAGAGCAGAGAUGCGUUUUCGAGCCAAGAUCGUCGAUAUUGCGUGCAUACAGCAUUUUACGCGAGUGGUAUCUACCAUCUCCAAGCUGUGUAAGACCUGCACCUUUCGACUGACUCCUGGGAAAAUCUACUUCAUCCUGUCUGAACAGGUGGCCAAUGGUGGGGUCAGUAUGUGGUGUGAGCUUCCACAGGCCAACUUCUUUGACCAGUUCCAGAUGGAGGGCGUGUCUGCUGAGGAUAAUGAGAUUUAUCUGGAGCUGGUCCCAGACAACAUGAGCAGGGCGCUGAAGUCUGCACAGGCCGCAAAACUGGUCAAGAUCAAACUCACCAAGAAACAUGCAGCAUGUCUUACCUUUGAUAUUGAGUUGCCCUCCCUGACUAACCAGUCCAGAACUGUUGUCCAUGACGUACCCGUGAACGUGAUCGCUCGCCGACUGUGGGGAGAGUACCAGGAACCGGCCAUGCCGCAGUUUGACGUGAGUGUAUACCUGCCUGCUCUCAAGACCAUCAAAACUGUGGUGGAGAAGAUGAAGAACUUGUCAAACUUUCUGGUGCUCUCGGCCAAUCGGAAUGGAGACAUGACCUUGAAGGUGGAGACGGACCUGGCAGAGGUCACCACCCUGUUCCGAGAGUUGGAGAUUCCAUCCUGGUCAAGAGAAGAAGAAUCUGGUGUCUCCCAGAGUGACCGUGACACUGACGAGAUGGCAGAAGCUCGUGUGGACAUCAGGAAGUUCUCUCAGUUCCUGGCCGGUCAGCAGGUCAACCCUGACAGGAUCAUAUGCAACAUAGUUGACGGGAAUAUUCUUCACUUCUUUGUUCUACAUGAGGACUUGUCACUACAAUACUUCAUUCCUACAGUUGCCAUUUGAGUGGAAGGCAUGAGUGGUCUUGCUAGUCUUUGAUGGUUUGUCUGGUUCCUGACUGGAAGUUACAGUACUUCAAUUGGAAAGUUUCACAAACCAUGUUGAUAUAUCAUGUACAGCAUCUCAAACUUGUUCAUGUACUGAAAAAAAACUUGAUUUGUAUUUGAUUAGU